UGAACGAAAUACGAUUGAAGAUCCGUAUGAGAUAAAGUGUGGCAAUAUUUGGCAACAAGUGCCCUGAUUGAUGAAAAAUUUGAGUUGGGCUGAUAUCGAACGAGAAUCGUCUUGCAUGCGUCAUAGAUAGUCUCGAAUAUUCACUCUCCACCACUUACAUCCGACGGUUACAAAUAAACAGGUGCAUUUUCUAUACAUGACCAGUUAUCACUGAGGCCAUUCGGCUCCAACGUUUGUGUAAGAAUUAUCUGAGAUGUUAUUUAGCGGCAGGUCGGCGCACGCUUGAGUGCGGUGCGGUAUAAGCAUGUAGGGUCUAGUAUGGACUUGUCAGGUUGCCUUUGUGUAUUGUUGGUUAGAAGUGAUUUGUGUUAGCCGAUAAGCUGAAGUUGGAGAAAAAGUUUCACAGGUGCUGCAGCUGAUAUAGCAAAUGUUCCAAUAUGGAUGCAGGAUCACAUCAGCAGGGAGAUGAUGAGGAUGAUGUCUUGCCAUCUUUACAAACAGUCACGAAUUUUGAUGAUGGAAAUGGUGAUGUUCCUGAGCCUACUGAUACUGAAAAUGGUUUUUGCUUUGAAGAUUCUCCAGUUGUUGCAAGUAGAAGUCUAAUAAGGCCAGAAGUUACUCGACUUGCUGGAGAAGAUGAUGCAGGUCUUGUGGUAGAAGCAGAGUUUCCUUCACAGGAAACGAGUUUUUUAAUUGAAUCAUUGGUUAAACAACUUUGCAAGUUCGUAGAGAAAAAUGCUACCAAACAGAGAGCUCUGUAUGAUGCUAUUUGUCGUAUUCUUUUCAAACUGAAAUUAAUUGAUGGUACAUAUGCAAUAGAAGAACUAGAGUUUAUGAGAAACCGUUAUGUGCAAGCAGUUUGGGAUCUUCUUCAAAUUGCAAAGAUAGGAAAUGAACCAGGAGCAAAUAAUAGAUUGAUCAGUGUUGCCAGGAAAGAUUCGUUCAAGAAAGCUUUGCCCAGCAAGCUCCUGGUCCCUGAAAAAUUGUUUGAAUCAUCUCGGUAUCAAACGGAAUUUGUCGAGUUGGAGUAUAUAGCACAUGGUGGGUUUGGCUAUGUUUACAAAGCAAGAAACAAAUUAGAUGGUGGUGAAUAUGCUAUAAAGAAAAUUUGUCUGAGAUAUCACAGAGUUGAUAAUUUUCUUAAAAGCCUGCAAGAGGUAAAGCUUUUGGCUAAACUGCAUCAUCCCAAUAUUGUUGCUUAUAAAGCAGCUUGGCUAGAACCGUUCCAGCAGAGUUCCAAUUUAGACUGUCAAAGCAGUAUUACUGACGAUUCCCGUAGCACAUCAUUAAAUGAUGCCUCUGAUGGGAUGUCUCCAUCAAGUGAGAUGUGUAAUGGGCAGAGAGCAAAUUAUGCUUUGUCUGGAAAUGCAACAUACAGUAGCAGUUCUCAGAGCAGUGCCAGUGAAAGUCAUGAACAAGUAAGCCAUGUAUCUGCAUCACAUAUGCAUCUAAAAAGCAAAGAGAAAUCCUAUGAUUCAGCCGAUAAAUGCUCUUCAAAGUCUACAAGUACAGAAUCCUCAGAAGAUAAGGCUAUUUGUGUGCCAUCCCAUUUAGAGGAAAUAACAUGUAAAAACCUGAAACGACUGAUACCACCUGAGAGAGAUUGUGCCACACUUUAUAUACAGAUGCAGCUAUGUGAUCAAACACUUCUGCAAUGGCUAAAUAAUAGAAAUAAUAAAAAGAUACCCAUAGAUAUUACACAAUGCCUCAAAGGAUUUCGCCAUCUGGUUUGCGGAAUUGAGUACAUCCAUUCCCAAGGGAUAGUUCAUCAUGACAUUAAGCCAAGCAAUAUUUUUGUAAAUAGUGAGCUGAGUCAAGUCCAAGUGGGUGACUUUGGCCUUGCAUGUUUUCUGCAACAUUCACACAAGGAUGUUGCAUUAUUAUCACAGCCAACGUUGUAUGGUGACCACAGGAAUAUGGAAAUUGGAACAAAAACAUAUGCUGCUCCUGAACAGCUUGAAGGUGUUUGUAAUCAAAAGAGUGACUUAUAUAGUUUGGGAAUUGUACUGUUUGAACUGCUUCAGCCGUGUUAUACAGACAUGGAGAAGAGCAUUCUUAUAAAAGAUCUAAAAGAUGGUGCUGUGUCACAGGAGUUGUGUGCAGCAGCACCAGAACUGGUUGAGAUGAUGAUACGCUUGACUUCAUGUUCUUUGGACAGAAGACCUACAUCAAAAGAACUGUUGGCUCAGCUGGAUUACUUAUCAUGCCACAAUACUAAUGAGAGCUCAGUAAUAAAACAUCUGUUAAGUGAAAUAAGCCAACGUGAUAAAGAAAUUGAAGAACUGAAGCAUGAAAAGAGACAGUAUGCGCAAGAAAUACUGGAACUGAAACUUAAAUUGGAGAGAUAUGAGACUUUAGAUAUGUCAUCAAAAAUUUAGUGUAAAUCUUCCUAGACUUUACAAAUGUGCUCAACUUCUACUCAUUGCCAGAUGAAUAUAAGACAAUGCCCAGUAUCUAGCUAUUUGGUAUCAAAUACUCUAAUUAGAUAGAAAAGAUGUGAGGGAAAGUGGAGCCAUGCAGACCAUGUGCCAAUUUAAAAAACUUUGAUUAAUUUCAUCAUAGUGUUCCUUUAUUAUGUGUCAUUGUCACUACCUAUUUAUUGUACCAAAUGUUAAUAACAUGAU